GCCAGGGCAACCUCCAUCAAUUGCAUCUCCAAACGAUCUUGGACGAACAAACCCACGCCGGUCCUGAUAGACCGAGACGCUACUACAAGACUGGAAUCACGACAUCUUGCUCUGUGAACCCCAGCUGCCAACCAACCCGAAAUACAACCAUCGAGGAGAGGCAACUAGCAACAAUCUACCUUGACAAUUCUUACCAUGGGCGACUCCCUCUUCCAGCUCCCCGACGAGCUGCUAUUCACCACUCUCUCCCAGACUUUUCCCUGUCGUGACGCUCAAAUACGGGCCGUAGCAACUCUCCUGCAUCCUCACGCAGCACCAUGCCGAAACCUCGUGAUACACGGCACCGAAGCCACCGGCAAGAGCGCCAUAACGGCUGCUUUACUACAAGCACUUCAAGACGAUACCGAGAAAGAUGAACCCCUCCUAAGAUACGUCAUCGUCAACUCGAUCGAAUGUAUAACAGCCCGUCACCUCUACGAAUCAACCAUUGCAAGGGUCGCAGAAGCCCUACAAUGGCAAGGUGGUGCGACAAGAUGCGACUCUGUCUCGCAAAUGCUUGUUGAGCUGUCCAAGAUGCUCAAAUACCCAUCAUACCCGGACAACUUUCGCUUCGUACUUGUCUUUGACGGCAUCGAUCGUCAACGGGAAGCGCCCAUCACACUCCUCCCAGCCCUGGCCAGGCUCUCCGAGAUUAUCCCUCGUAUAACCAGUGUCUUCAUUGUCACAUCGCCUCCCGCCGGCUUCCUACGAACCUCCUUCGUCCCUUAUAUAGAGUUCCCAAAUUAUACCAAGAAUGAGUUUGUCACCAUUUUGAACACAACCUCGCUACCUACGGCACCACUCCCCACGACGACGAUACAAGAAACAACAGAGCUAUGGAACCGCUUCACUGGAGCUGUCCAUGAUGCUUUGGCUCGAUCCGCCUCCCGCACCCUUCCCGCGCUCCAGCACGCCUGUACAUCCCUUUGGCCACGCUUCACGGCGCCCAUCCUCGCCGGCACACACGCUCCCCGAGAGUUCUCCAAACUGAUGGUCGCCGCCCGCGUCCACUUCCAAGAUGAAUCCCUCUUGGACCCCGGCAUCGUAGCCGUACGGUCCUACUCCUCGUCGUCAACAACAACAACAACCCAGGCCCAGGCAAAAGAUAACACUGCCGCCCAGCUGUCAGCACCGCCCUCCCAAGCCAACACCCCCCGAAAGGCCCAUUCAACCACUACAACCCCCUCCAAACCCAAAGCCACAGCGAACCCCCUCGUCUCAGCAACCACCACCGACCUCUCGACCCUCCUCCCGCCUACUGCCCGUCUUCUCCUUCUGGCCUCCUACCUCGCCUCCCACAACCCCACCCGCCACGACCUUGUCCUCUUCUCCACCUUCCAUCACGGCCGUCGCAGGCGGCGCGGUGGGCUUUCCGUCGGCAUGGGCCGGGGCGGACAUCGCGGCGCGCAGAGCAAGCACCGCAAGAUUGCGCGCAAGCUGCUCGGUGCUCACGCCUUUGUUUUGGAGCGCAUGCUGGCUAUCUUUAUGGCUGUGAGGGGGGAGUGGGACCCCAAGUGGUUGGACCAGGAUUCCAGCAGCAGGGAGAUGGAUGCGGAUAUCGAGAUGGCUAUUGCCACGUUGGCAAGUUUGCGGUUGUUGGUGAAGGUUGGUGGCGCAGGAGCGGGAGGCAUGGCGGGUGAUCAGAUGGAUAGAGGAGGGAAAUGGAGGUGUAAUGUCGGGUGGGAGGUGAUAAGGGGGUUGGGGAGGAGUAUGGGGGUAGAGGUUGAGGAGUGGCUGGUUGAGUAG